ACAAGCUCCCUCCCACGCCCCGGGCUCCUGCCCUCACGCCUCCCCUUCCCCCCAGGCCGGGCUUACAGCAAAGGCCACCUCAGGGCCGGGGCCGGGCCCCAGCCAGGCCGGGGCGGGCAGCGGCACAGGGGAAGACGAAGAGGAGGAGCCAGAAAGGACGAACGGGUGGCCGCGGCCCGCCGGCGCGGAAGGGCGGCCCGCCUCGCCCGCCCUCUCGCCCGCCCUUGGGGAGUUGUCGCCGCCGUGGGGCGUGCAGGGCGGCGGCGGAACGGGACGGGACGGGAGCGGAGCGGACGGGGCCAGGAUGGGGCGGACGCUCGUGGAGCUCUUUUACGAUGUGGUGUCUCCUUACUCCUGGCUGGGGUUUGAGGUGCUCUGCCGGUACCAGCACAUCUGGAAUAUUGAUCUGUCCUUUCGUCCAGCUUUCCUUGGUGGCAUAAUGCAAGCAACUGGUAACAAACCCCCAGCACUGUUGCCAAAGCGUGCAGAAUACCUCCUGAAGGAUAUAAAAAGGAUGGCAAAAUACUACCAAGUGCCUGUGCAAAUUUCAGAAAACAUCUUCCAGCAUGUCCUUGGUACAAGCAGUCUUGGGGCCAUGCGCUUUAUCACAGCCAUUGAUAUGACACAACCACAAUACUUGGAACCCUUAUCUAGGGAGUUUUGGAUACGUUUUUGGUCACAGCAUGAAGAUAUCAGUCAGCCGGAGAAUAUGUUGGCUGUUGCUAGACAGGUUGGGCUAUCAUCAGAGCUCGCCCAGAAACUACUUGAAAUGAUCUCAUCCCCUGCAGUGAAGAACCGACUGAAAGAGACUACAGAGCAAGCAAUAAAAUACGGGGCAUUUGGGGUGCCUGCUGUGGUGGCCCAUCUUAAUGGAGAACCUCAUCUCUUUUUUGGCUCUGAUCGAUUAGAGCUGCUAGGCAACGUUAUAGGUGAAAAAUGGCUGGGGCCGGUUCCAUCAGUUCCACGCCCCAAGAUGUGAAAAGUCCUGGGGAAAUACGUAAGAAUGAAAAUACAUGGGUACAUGGUCAAUCUUCAGUGAUUAUCUGAAUGUAUCCAAUUUUAUGUCUUUCUCACCCUCAAAAGCUAACUUGAGAGCUCAGUCUCAUCUCUAAAAUUAUGAAGAAUUUCAAGGUUUGCCAGUAUCACUGUUCUGGUGAGGUCUUUACCAAUACAAAUAUGCCUUUUUUCUUUCAACAGAUCAAUGAUUAACAGUAAACAUUAAAUAUUUAACUUCUUGCAGAUUAAACGUUCUUCUUUGCUGAUUAGUUCUCUUUCUCUUACCCUAAAAGCAUGAGGAUUAAAUUGUUGUUAUGGGACUGAGACCUCUGGAUUUCUCCCUAAAAGCAUGAGGAUUAAAUUGUUAUGGGACUGUGA